CCCGUGGCCUUCCUCGCGGCGGACGCCCCCGGGCGGGGGACCGGCCCGCAGGUGGAAGCGUCCCGGGGAGGCGGGUCCGCCCCCGGCUGCAGUGGGUCGAGGCGGGCUCUCGGCCGGCUUGCUCCCGCCCUGACCCUCCGGCCUCUCCCACCCCAGCAGUGACGCGCCGCCUCCAAGCCCGAGCCCGCGCAGCAACCAGCUUCGCGAUGGACCGCAGCGCUCCGGAUCCCGGACCCCGCAACGCGCCCCGCACCUCUGCCCCGCAGUUCUCGGGCUCCUUAGGGAGGAAACCAAAAGCGAAGGCACCACUUCCUCCUGCCGAGACGAAGGGCACAAGUGUCCCUUCUGCUGAGGAGCCCGUAGAAUCGGCGGCUGUCAUCAUGGAGCAAAAUGAAACUAUGAUAGAUAAAGACAUUGACCUUUCAGUGGUCCUGCCUGGAGACAUUCUCAAGUCUGCCACUGUUCCUGGCAGUAAGCCAAUGAUGGACUUGCUCGUGUUCCUCUGUGCACAGUACCACUUAAAUCCGUCAAGUCACACAAUUGAUCUACUGUCUGCUGAAGAUAAUCUCAUCAAAUUUAAGCCAAACACACCAAUAGGAACGCUGGAGGUAGAGAAGGUCAUUUUAAAACCAAAGUCUCUGGACAAGAAAAAGCCUACACCAAUAAUCCCAGAGAAAACUGUGAGAGUAGUGAUCAACUUUAAGAAAACACAGAAGACCAUAGUGAGAGUUAGUCCCCAUCUACCACUGCAAGAUCUUGCUCCUGUUAUAUGCAGUAAAUGUGAAUUUGAUCCAUUGCAUACAGUGUUGUUGAAGGAUUAUCAGGCUCAGGAGCCCCUGGACUUGACACAAUCUCUUAAUGACUUGGGACUGAGAGAGUUAUAUGCAAUGGAUAUCAACAAAGAGUCCUGCCAAAUAUCCCAAACCCCGGACAUCGUGAAGGAGAAAGAAAACAGAGGGAUCUUCAGCUUUUUCCAACGCAGUAAGAAAAAGCGGGAGCAAACCGCCAGCGCGCCUGCGACCCCACUCGUGAGCAAGCACCGCCCGUCUUUUACGAGGUCCAACACAAUUUCCAAACCCUACAUUUCCAACACGCUACCCUCGGAUGCACCCAAGAAGAGGCGGGCCCCACUCCCCCCCAUGUCCACAUCCCAGGGCACUGGGCAAGGUCAAGAGAGGCGAGCUUCGUGUGUGGAGAGAUCUACCAGUGUGGACGACAAUGACAAGAGUUCUGCUGAUGGGGUCAUGGUGAGGACAGGGUCACUGCAGCUCAGUAGCUCAUCAGCUGGAACCUUGUCUCUGAAAAGAACAAAGCGAAAAGCACCGGCCCCGCCUUCAAAAACACCCGUGCAGCAUAAUGACACCAGCCUUGCAUCUGAUACCGCCCUGCCUCCAGAAGAUGGACUUGCUCCAGACAGCGCUGUGGAAGCAAACUCUCCUGAGGGCCUGUCCAGCCCAGAGGGCUCCCCUGGCCCCGCGAUCCUAAGCCAGGAGCAGUGCACUGUGCCCAAGCCGGUGGAUGAACUUUCGCUCUCUGAGGGCCCGGGAACUCCAGAGGCAGCUGUAGCAUCCUUGACGUCUGGUGUGAGCUCGGAUUACAGUCUUGAAGAGAUAGAUGAAAAGGAAGAACUGGGUGAGUCAUCUAAAGGUCCAGUGGAAAGUAUUGCUGUGAAGUCACCUGACAUCCCUUCCUUAUCUGCUGAUGUAAUGAAUACAUUGGAGAAGGAUCCUGACUCUGCCCUUGACCUCAGUGAUGGAGAGGCAUCUCCCAGCUCGAAGGGAAAACUCCAAGGCAGAAACACAGAGGGACAAGGACCACAUAAUGCUGUUGUGAGUGAUAUAAGCAACGAAGACACAGUAUCUGACAGUAUAAGAGACUUGAAGACAUUGGGCCCAAGCCAAGAGAGUGUUCAAAAUGAAAUCAUGGUCUGUGCCACAAACACAGAUUAUGUGAAAGACAGCCCAAGGAAAACAGAAACCUCUACAGAAAGCAAAGCCGCAGAGAAAGCCAUGGAUGUAGAAGCUGAUAGACUGUCGGACUUUCCAGUAUGUACAACGGAUCAUGUUAAAAGCUUCAGGGAAAAUCAUCUAAACGCACCAUCAGGACCAGAUCAAAAAUUGAGUCAACCAAGUGUAGAAAAGACAAAAAUGCAAGAUGCAGCAACUCAGGCCACCCCUGCUUACAGCAGUUUUGAUGGGACUCACGAAGACCGUAAUUCGUCUGACCUCAAGGUUGAUGAAAGUGUGCAGACUUCAAAUAGUAGCAGAUCAACUCAGCACUCCUCCUCAAGUCUCCAUGACCCUGUAAAUGUCUCAAAGGCAUUUGGGGGUCAGGGCACUCCAGCACCUGUCCAAGAUAGACUCCCUGUGAAAGAGCUUGUGUGUACAUCUGGGAACGACGACCAUUUGUCUCCUGUAGAUGGAAAUGAUAAGAAUCCAGCUGCUUCUUAUCUAAAGAAUUUUCCACUUUAUAGACAGGACUACAGUCCCAAGCCAAAACCUUCAAAUGAAAUUACGAGAGAGUAUAUACCUAAAAUUGGAAUGACUACUUACAAGAUAGUGCCCCCCAAAUCCCUGGAAAUAGUAAAAGACUGGGAAUCAGAAGCAGUGGGGAAUAAAGAUGCCCAAAAGAUGGAUGCUGGAGGGCAUGAGCAUAUGCUUGGGAAUGUGAAAGAAACAGCUAUGCAGACAGAAGCCCUUGUUACUUCCAGAGGGCCACAGGAGCUUCAGCCUGACCCUAAGGCAAAUCCAGGCUUAGGCACAGAGCAUCAUUUGCACAGGACUCUGAGCGUUGGUGCAGAGAUGAACCCCCCAAAACCUCCCAGAAUGACUACGGACACUGGCGGCAUUCCUUUUGCACCAAAUUUGGAAGAUAUAAACAAUAUUUUGGAGUCAAAAUUUAGAUCCCGAGCUUCAAACCCCCAGGCCAAACCAAGUUCGUUUUUUUUGCAGAUGCAGAAGAGAGCAUCAGGCCACUAUGUGACUUCUGCAGCUGCUAAGAGUGUGCACACUGCCCCCUGGCCUAUCCCCAAAGAACCAACCACCAAAGAGGUGCAAAGGGACCCCCGACCCCCUCCAGAACAGAUUCUUUCUUCCUUAAGUGAACGGACUCAUUCUGCUCAAAUGCCCAGUAUUUCAAAAACUGAUGACAGGAUCAUGCAGAAGCCUGCUGAGAUCUCUCUUCCUCCCUCUGCUAUCAAGCCUGUGGCUCUUCCUGCUGAGACCUCUCCUCCCCCUGUAGCUCCCAAGCCCCUGGCUCUUCCUGCUGAGAUCGCCCUUCCCCCUGUAGCUCCCAAACCUGUGGCUCUUCCUGCUGAGACCUCUCCUCCCCCUGUAGCCCCCAAACCUGUGGCUCUUCCUGCUGAGACCUCUCCUCCCCCUGUAGCCCCCAAACCUGUGGCUCUUCCUGCUGAGAUCUCUCCUCCCCCUGUAGCUCCCAAACCUGUGGCUCUUCCUGCUGAGUCCUCUCCUCCCCCUGUAGCUCCCAAGACUGGUAGUCAGGGAGCAUCACUAAACCUGAAGACCUUGAAAACUUUCGGGGCCCCAAGACCAUACUCCAGUUCUGGCCCCUCACCCUUUGCCCUUGCUGUGGUGAAAAGGUCACAGUCUUUCAGUAAGACACGUCCAGAGUCCAGUGAGGGCUUCUCUACCCAGCCUGCAGACACAGAGGGUGAAAAGACAUACACAGUAAAUAAAUCUGCGGUGGUUCCCCAACCUGAUGAUGUUGAUAAGCAUAAUAAACCUGUACAGAGUGAACCAAGUUCUCACAUGCUGACUCCGACUGACAACCCAUCGUUCACCCUUAAACAGAGUUCUUUAACAUUCCAAAGCUCUGACCCAGAGCAGGUACGGCAGAGCUUGCUGACCGCAAUCCGUUCCGGAGAGGCUGCCUCCAAGUUAAAGAGAGUUACCGUUUCAUCAAAUAUAAUAUCUGUGAAUGGGAAGUCGGGACUCAGCCAUGCCAUGUCUUCUGAUGCCCAGAACAAUCACUAACAUUCACCUGCAGUGACACACUUCACUGACCAGCUCUUUGCCUACAAGGAAUAUUGGCAAAUACAUAUUCAGAUGUACAUUAAUAUAUAAAUCUGUUCAACAACAAGCAUUUGUGUUACGGAUUUAAUACCAAAAGAAAAAAAAUAGCUAGAAUUUAUAAUUUAUAUAAUGUUUGGUCUUUUUGACAUAACUAAAUAUUGCUGCUUUAGAAACUUUAAACAAUGUGUAAAUGACUUGUCUUAUUUCCCAUGGUGAAUAAUCACUGCUUAAUGAUUUUUUCUUUUGUUUAUGGACAUACUGUGUACCAUGCAGCAAAGAUAUAAAUUGAGAUUUAUGGACAUAUUGUAUGACAGAGACACAGGCAAGCACAAGCUAACAUUUACUGCCUCAGCAUUAGGCUGUAAUUAGAUACAUAAAUUAUAAUAAAGCCUCUAUGUUGAAAGAUAUGGAAGACUAGUAAAUAAAUAACGUUCAGUUAUUAUUAUUGAAGAAUUACUUAGUGUGAAACUUAUUUUGUGCAUUCUUUAAUUACAAGUGAGCGCCAGAUCUAUACGAAAUAAUAAAGUAUUUUUUAAUGCAAUACUUUAACUUUUAGAAGUUAAAUUGCACAAGGAAACUUUAAGAUGUUUUCUGUAUGUAAUUAUGAUGUUACACAGAUAUUACAUAUUUUCUAAUGCCAGAAGUCUUAAAACAUUCCUAUGAAAAUGUUGAUAUAUUAUGACAGUAAUUUCACAUGUGGUAUAUAAGGAGAACAGGGGCUAGUUGAUGUCCACAUUUAAUACUUUAAAGACUAGUUAGAAAUUUCCAAAAUCCUGAUUUAAUUAAAAUAAAAUGCUAAACUAGUCAUUUAGAUAGCUCAGAUGCUAAUCGUCUAAAUAAUAAUAUAUAUUUUCUUGAAAGCCAAACUGGUUGAGGGAAACAAUGAUUGAUGUGUUGGCUUAAAGUGAUCCUAGGAUCUAGAACAUCUUGGUGUCCUGAAUUUCCUUAAGAAUUUAAUUGUUCCUUUAUUCUGGAAACUGUUCAAACAGUCUGACACUGUUUUGACUCUUAAUAAAGCUACUGAGAUAUCUACCAUUUUUGCAAACAUGAAUUUUUUUCCACUUAAUAAAAGCAAGUUAUAUAUUUGAA